AAGGGCUACAGUGUAGGAGCUGGAGUCGCAUUUUCACAAUUAUAAAAUUUGGCAUUGUUGGAUUUCGAUUUUAUGAAACCGCUUUACUACCACCAAAUAGUUGUAGCCUACCAUUUUCAGUUACUUUUUACGCUAAGCCUGAACCAGCGUUGCAGGUGUCGCCACAUGAAGACCUAUCGAGGCCCCCCGCGACUCCGUUCGCACAAUUAACGUCAACUAAUUUUUUUUGCACUAUUUUUUGGCUAGCUUGGUCACGUAUGGGUCUAUGUUACGGAACUGUUUAUGAACGCAGGCAGAAGCGGUGUCAUAACGUCUUUAUGUAUAAAUUCAGAUACCGAGAAACUAUAUCUUAGAGGUGACAGUAAAAUGGAGGUCAGUUCUGACAGUGAGAUGGACUCCAUCGAAAACUCACUUCUUAGUCGAUUUCAAGCAAUGGGAACCACAGAUAAGGAUGUUCUGAUUUCUCAGUUUCAAAGCCUUUUAGGAUUUCAGUUAAAUCCCGCUGGAUGUGCAUUUUUUCUUGACAUGACGAACUGGAAUUUGCAGUCCGCAAUUGGAGCAUAUUAUGAUUUUGAAGGUGCUCCGCAAAGUAAGUUGCCAUCAAUGACAUUUAUACUUGAUGUUACAGUCGGUGAGGGCGAGUCCGUACCUCCAAAUACAACAUUUGUUAAAACAUGGCGAGUGCAAAAUUCCGGGAAAGAGGAAUGGCCACCGGGGUGUAGUCUUCGAUUUUUAGGCGGAGAAAAAAUGGGAACAAUUGAUUCAGUUUCAGUUCCAACAGUACCUGCCGGACAAACAACAGACAUUUCAAUUAAUUUAAGAAGUCCGGUGGAACCCGGUGUAUAUCAAGGGAGAUGGAGAAUGUAUAACACCACAGGGACUCCUUUUGGUGAUAUUAUAUGGGUCAUAAUAUCAGUUAAACAAGAUGGACUUCUGGACAUCACACAACAAAUUUCAAGAGUUAGCUGUGACUUUGGGGAGGGUGCUUCGGUUGGGAAGAAUGACCAAUUUUCAUCUCAAAAUAUGAAUUCGAUGGAAACCUCACCAGAAGAUGACAUGGCUUGUGAUGAUCCUCUGAAUGGAUUAGACUAUUACAAUGCAAAAUUAAGCCUAAAAACAUUAUGUCAUGCGAAAGCGCUCCUAACAAGUAAAACUAAUCAAUAUUAUGGUGCCACCAAGGUAUAACAACUUUGAUCAUAAACUUUUUUAUAUAAUUAAUAUUUAUUUAAUUUAUUCGGAUCCUUCCACUGCAACAUCUUGGUUGUGUACAGUUAAUUGUAAAAGUAAUGUUUAUUUAAUGUUUUUGUUUUGUAUAUUUUUUCAUAACCAGUUUGUGACUAGGAUUUGGAUGCUGGACUAUUUUUUUCGGGAUAUCUUGCAACCCUGCAUUCAUCAGUACUUUUUUUUAUGUUGUCUGCUAUUUGUAUAAAACCCCAUUAUUUGUAUUACUGGUAGUUCUCCAUCUGUCAAAUCAUCACACAAACGCUGAUGUGAACUCAUUUAACGAGGGUGCAAAAUUCACAAAUAUUACAAUGCUCUACAAUCCACACCCUCACUCUUUGAUUUAAACUUGAAUAUAAUAAUCCAUAUGAAAUUGUAAAGGAUGCUAUUUGUUGUGCUUAAUUUUAUUAAAGGAUCAUAUUAAAAGUCAGUUUCUCUGUUUGUCACAACUACUCUAACACGCAAGUUAUAACUAGGAGUGUGCAUGUCUUUUACUCUGUUUUGUAAAAGUUAAAUAUAUUCUGAUUUAAUAAGGGAGAUUAAAUUUACUUUUUUACUCGAGGCUAACCCCAUAUGACAACUCACGUGACCAGUUCAAAUUUGCUUGUUGCUGCUUUUUUGUUAUGCUUUCACAUCUUCAAGUUUUCAAAUGCAUGGAUUUAAAUGAUGGAACUAUAACAACCAACCUAUGUGGAUUCGAAAAUUGUUUCAAAUUGAAACAAAAUAUAGGCUUCCUGCCCAUAAUCUAUGUUGGUUUUUAAAUUCAUAGCAGAGUGGUGCUGUUUGAUGAGUCCAUUUCCUUUUCUAUAUUGGCCCGAUCUAAAAAGCGGUAGGCAAAAUCAAGUGCUCUGUUCGUUUCCUCUUGAUAAUCAUCAUAUAUUGAAGUUUGGUGCACAUGGAAUUCAUAACUUACCUUUUCUGUCCUCGACCAUAUUCUUGGUAACAUUGUGGUACCCAAAUUAAAAACUGAAAAUUUGUGUUGUGUUGUUUGAUUGGUAAUAUAUUUGUAGGACUUGAUUGGCAAUGUGCAAUUUUUCAUUUCAAGAGAUUUAUGAUGUGACACUGGAACUCCAUUAAUAAAUCUAACAUUUCUUUGUGAAUAUUUUUAUCAAAUUUUAGAAGCUAUUGUAAAUUUAUAUUUUUAGACAUAUUGAAGUAUGUUUAGCAUAAAUUUAUUAGAUAUUUUAUCUAAUUGGUUUCAAACAAUAAAUGAAGUCUGCAUGAACAACUUAUUUUCAAAUCAAAAUGCGGUUUUUGACGUAUUGAAAACUAGAUUUGUGAUAUCUAUAUUUACCAUUUGAAUUUCCUAUAUACAACCAUUUUGAAAGAACAUUUUAAACUGGAUAUGUUUCACUGUCCUGUGAAUUGCUGAGCUAUGGGAUUUUCUACUUGUUUAGUACCUAUGGGCUUUAACCCAUAAAUUUCUUGUGAUAGGUUCUUAGUAUUUUCUUGCACAGUUGUUUUACCGAUUCCAUACUGGUAUAUCAAAUUUUGGUCUAGCCUUGUAUUCUUGACACCAUAAUAUUCGCAAAUUUCUACAAUGUCUGAAAAAUAUAUAAUUACAAGCAUUUCACUCUUUUG